AUGUAUGGCGAAUUCAUGAACUUGAUCAAACCAUUUUGGCAAUCCAGCAUCGAUGGCUACUGUUUUACUCGAUCCGGGCAAGACAAAUUCAUUUUGAAAGACAUCCCAAAAUACAUCUUCUCAAACUUCGAUGAAAUCAUACGACCCAGACUUCGCGAACAUGCACACCUCCGGUUGCCUUCGGAUAGCAUCCCUGACAAAUCCAUCUUUGUGUAUGAGUAUCUGACGGACGACUUUCUGAGUCUUGUCAAGAAACAAAUUCCAAUGGAAUCCCGAAAGCAGAUCCUUAAGGCAAGUCUGCUGGGAAUUGCUGAGCUGCAUGAUCGCGACAUUGUUCAUCUAGAUAUCAAACCUGAUAACAUCAUGGUCAACCUUGGCCAAGGUUCUGUUAUCGAACAAGUUCAGAUCAUUGACCUAGAGAAUGCGGCAUACCUUCCCAAUGGUCGCUGCAUCAAAGGCAUGCUGGCUGGUAACGACAAUUGGCGCAGCCCAGAAGCACAUUUCAAGGGUGAGCUGAAUAAACCAUCCGACAUAUUUUCAUUCGGAGCCGUGUGCAUAUAUGCUAUGCUCGGCCGUGUCAUUUUCGGGCCCGAUGAUGACUUCCGGAAACACGAAUCGCAGGGCGCACUGCCUGCAUUUAUCCGCCUGCAGCGCCAGGUCUCAUACUUUGGAGACAAGGAUGGGCUUAACGGACUCAUGAAACACGUUGGGGAUGAAGAGAUCAACUGCCAGAUACUGGGAAUGCUUUGGGAAGAGCGGACGGAGGAACACAUACCCUAUGAACCCUUUUCGACUUGGCCCGAAGUCGAAGACGUCUCGUUCAAGGACCUCGUUCAGCGGAUGUUGAAUCUCGAUCCUACUAAGAGGAUCACGGCUCGUCAGGCAUUAGGGCAUCCGUGGUUCGCAGGUUUUGAUCUGUGA